AUCCAAAAUGACGUGAAAUUUUGUCACACAUAAUGUUAAUAUUUUUGGGACAUAAAAAUGAGAUAAUAGGAAUGUGAGUGGUUUUGAUUUCUCAUAAAAAUUAAAAGGAAAAAAAGGGCAAUCAAUUUGCAGUCCGUCAAGUAACGGCAAUGCAUUAAAUCACAGAGAAAACACAGAGACGGAAAAUAGGCAGCCAUGGAAGUGGUGGCUAAUGGAGUGCAGUUGCAGCAGAUGCACCAGCAGCCGCACCAGCAGCACCACCAUCAUCAACAGCUCAUUCUGCCAACUGAUGUUAAUGGAGAAGAUCAAGAAAUCAAGACAACACCUAAGAAGAGGGCAGAGGUUUGGGUGCAGGAUGAAAUUCGAGCAUUGAUUGCCUUGAGAAGAGAGACGGACAGUCUCUUCAAUACCUCCAAAUCGAAUAAGCAUUUGUGGGACAAAAUCUCGCUCAAAAUGAGGGAGAGAGGAUUCGACAGGUCUCCGACCAUGUGUACUGACAAGUGGAGAAAUUUAUUAAAAGAGUAUAAGAAAGCCAAACACAGCCAGGAUAACAGAGAUGGAUCUGCCAAGAUGUCAUGCUAUAAAGAUUUGGAAGAAUUGCUCAGAGAAAGAGCCAAAAGCACUCCUUACAGAAGCCCUGCCAAAGUGGUAGUGGCGCCCCCACCUCCUCUUGACAAUACCUAUGUUCAUUUCUCACCCAAGAGAACUGGCAGGUCUCCACUAAAUCUGGAACGUAGAUUGGAUCAUGAUGGACUUCCUCUGGCCUUACCAUUGUCUGAUGCAACUGCUGCCAAUGGUGUCCCCCCCUGGAAUUGGAGGGAUGCCACUGCAAAUGGUGGAGAAAAUCAUGCAUCAUACAAUGGAAAGGUGAUUGUGGUUAAGUGGGGUGACAUCACCAGACGAAUUGGUAUUGAUGGCACAGCUGAAGCCAUAUCAGGGGCCAUCAGACCUGCAUUUGGACUGCGUACCAAAAGGGCUUUCUGGUUACAAGACGAGGAUGGGGUUGUCUACAGUCUUGAUAGGAACAUGCCUUUGGGAACCUAUAUGCUUUGUCUUGAUGAAGGUUUAACAAUCAAGGUCUGCUACGAUGAGUCUGAUUGUUUGACAGGCACAACUGAGGAGAAGACCUUCUACACUGAAGAAGAUUUUCGUUAUUUCCUCACACAACGAGGUUGGUGUGGAUUGCGAGAAGUUGAUGGAUUUAGGACUGUUGAAUCCCUUAAUGAGCUUUUCCCAAUGCGUGUCUAUCAGCGUGCAGGACCAUUAGGGUAGCAGCAUGUAAUGGUGUCUUUUCUUAUCAGGCGAGCAUGAUUUGCCUGUGCAUUCAGAAAGUUGGAACUUUCCCUGGAUACUGCAUGGCAAGGUUGGAACCUGUCCACAACAAUGCAUAUCGCUGCUUCUUCUACGUAUAGUUCUUCGAAAUAUCUAGUUCCCAGCUCAAGAAGUGAGGUUGUGACCCUUAAAUUUAUGACCAAAGAAUCUAGUGCAGAGUAUAACCCCUCACAUUUGCAAACCUCUGCACAGAGGAUGUAAAAACUAAAAUCAAAUGAAACUCUGCAUGUACUUACGAGUUUGUAAGGCAUGUUGUCUUGUAUAUCAUAUAUGCAAUCUUUACCAGAUGCAAUGUUAUGGCAACCAAUUUGUAUGUAUGAUUCGCCAUGCAGAAUGCAACAUUUAAAGCAUUAUCAAGAAGUGCUUUUUAUAAGUAAUCAGAGACUGAUGGACUCAUCUUUUGCAUUCCAAUUCUUAUGAUAGACCAUCUCAUAGAUACACUGGAGGUCAGAAUUCUGCCUGAAAUAAAACAAAUCGGAUGGUCUUUCUCUUGGAA